CGUGAUCGGUAUAAAAGCGGCCGACAUUAUGUACGACGGCCCGGUACGACCUUCCCGAGGGUACAGAGGUGAGACAGGGGCGCCGAUGGCACCACGGAGAACCGGCGCUCGACAGCGAACCGUACCGACCGGUGGAUUAUUGCUGUGGCUGGGAUUGCUGACGAUGUUUGUCAAGGGAAAUCCCGAAACUCGUAGUAACGAGCAGGAACUGAAGCCGAGCUUCGCUGGCCCGAUCGAGAACGUGACAGUUCCUAUAGGUAGAGAGGCGACGCUCAGUUGCAUUGUACAAAAUUUAGGUGCCUACAAGGUCGGCUGGAUGCGAGCCUCCGAUCAAACAGUCCUGGCGCUCCAGGGACGGGUUGUGACGCACAAUUCACGCUACAGCGUAACGCAGGAAGAGCGUGACGUCUGGCGGCUGAAGAUACGCAACGUGCGCGAAUCGGACCGUGGUUGCUACAUGUGUCAAAUAAACGUCACACCACUGCAGAAGCAAGUAGGCUGUGUUGAUGUGCAGCUGCCACCGGAUAUAUCGGACGAGCAAUCUUCCUCGGAUCUGACAGUUCGCGAGGGUGGUAAUGCAACGUUCUACUGUCGCGCUACCGGACAUCCGGCUCCGAAAGUCACCUGGCGACGAGACGAUGGAAAUCCGCUUUAUCUGUUUCGCAACGGAACCGACCAACGAAAGGUCGAUCAACAUGUUGGCAUCUUCCUGAACCUGACCCACGUCAGUCGGAAGCAGAUGGGUGCAUAUUUGUGUAUCGCCUCAAACGAGGUCCCGCCCGCUGUUAGCAAGCGUGUCUAUCUCAACGUUCACUUUCCACCGAACGUGACGACGGCCAAGACGCUUCUCGGGGUGUACGAAGAAUCGGACGUGGAGUUAGAAUGUGAGGUGGAGUCGUUUCCACGUUCCGUCAACUACUGGACGAAGGUGGCAAAGGCUGGACGUAACCCGACCGGUGGCUUCAGCUCGUCCAGGGCGGAAAACUUUAACCAUCACCAUCAGGAGGUGAUGCUGAACGGGGAUCGGUACGAAAUUCGGGAGCAACAUUUUGGCAGCCUGUACGCGGCGAAGAUGACGCUCCGGAUCCGCAGCUUCUCCACAGCCGACGCUGGCAGCUACAUGUGCAUAUCAUCGAACGCUUUCGGCAAGGCCAACCGAACGAUUCGGCUGUACGAGAUUAAAAGACCCACGACCACGACCACCACAACGACCACUACGACUACGACGACGACUACGACGACGACCACCACGACUACACCGGCACCACCACCACCACCACCAGCUCCGACACCACCGCGCCGAAGAACUACACUAAUGGGGCCAAGGCCACCGUACGACACAACGCCCUAUCCGCCGACCGGGUUCAUCAUCGAGUACAUCACCUACUCGCCGGCCUUUGUCGAGUACGGGGCGAACGGUGAGACCUACAUCAACUAUCCGCAGCUGACGGCCUACUCGAAAUCGUCCUCCUCCUCGUCCUCUUCCUCCGCCUCGGCCAACCCGCACGGUUCAUCGGCAGCUUCGUCGGCUGCUUCAUCUCCACCCUCCACGGUCACGCUGCUCGGUGGCCGAUGGACGGCCGGGACGCUAGGCGGCACGUUCCGUCCGCUGUCCGGGCUGGAGGAUAGAUUUAUGAGCAUUUUGAUCGUGACAGCCCUGUCCUGUGUGUCCUUUUUUCGCUACUUUCAAAUCUAUCUUCCCUGGAUUACACUUUUUCUGCUGCUGCUGUUGAUCGGUCGCAAACCGAAGGAGAAAAUCUCGUCCGAUCUCGUCUUCCACCAUGCGCCCACCUGCGCCCUGUGAGGACACGGUUACGGGUGCCAUCUGUCACCGGAACCGUCUACCACGGCGACCCAACAAGACAACAACCUGACGACACUGACACUGCUGACACGACGGGGCGCUCGUUGCGAAAGAGGUAACGAAGGUAAUGUUGUUUUCUAAUUUGCUAGGAUUAAUCAGGAAACAACG